CAGAUUUUCUGACAUGUAUACGGGUGGAUGCCUUCUAAUUUUGAAAGAUUUUUGAGUGAAUAAUUAGUAUAUGAGUGGAUGUUCAGUAUGCAUUCAGUUUAGUUUUGUAAUUUUGAUAUAUUUUAGACAUGUAUUUGAUAACUAGUUCAGUAUGUACUCAAUUGAGUUUUCUAUACAAAUCCAAUUCAGUAUGCAUUUGGUAUAUGAGAUUAACAAUUGCAUUCCGUUCCAUCUCUCAAAUCAAACACCAAAUUGUAAUCAUUCCAUUCUUCGAAAUUGCUCUUAUCAAACACGAGAACGAAACCGACCCAUUUCUAAUGGAAUGAAACCGUAACAUUCCGUUUCACUCUGUUCCCAAACCAACACAGCCCGAUUCGCGGUUGUGGCCCAAAGAUGUCCUGGCCCGGGCCCUCUCAGUGCAGCCCAAGAUAUACGUACGUAUCGCGGACCAAAAAUUCGGCCCACUUACCGUACCCCACCGCGGUUGCGUGAACGGGAGACGCACCUCCCGUGCCGCCGCCGCCGAGAUGCGCGCCGCACAGCCUCGCCGCCGCUGCCGGAGAAAGUCGGGGAUGCAGGCGAGUGGCGCGGCGGCAUCGACGCCGGCAGGUUCGACCUGCUCCCCUUCAUCGCGCAGGGCGUCAAUUUCGCCCACCUCUUCGCCGAUGGAGGACGACGACCUCCUGAUGGAGAUACUCCUGCGGCUCCCCCCGCGACCUUCCUCCCUCCCCCGCGUCUCCACCGUCUGCAAACGCUGGCGCCGCAUCGUCGCCGACCCCCAGUUCUUCCGCCGCUUCUGUGCCCACCACCGCGAACCCCCCAUCGUCGGCGUGUUCUUCAACUCCAGCCUUGUUGAACCCCCCUUCAGGUCGACUCUCGAUCCGCCGGACCUCAUCCCACCAGAGCUCUUCUCCCUGCGGCUCGAUGGCAUCGAAGGCGGCGAUGGCGGCAUCUGGUCCAUCCACAGCUGCCGCCACGGCCGCGUCCUCUUCAUCUGCAGUGACCGUACCGGCAGGGGCUGCCGCCACGUCCUAGUGUGGGAUCCCGUCACAGGCGACCGCCGCUGCAUAGGCAGUUCACCGCAGCUGGAUGGUCACGACUGGAGCGGGUCCCAUGUGCAAGCGGAUGUGCUCUGUGUUGCCGGCGACAAGGGCCACGUGCACGGUGCCUGCCAUUCGAGCCCCUUCAAGGUGGUCUUGGCGUGCGUCAGCAAGGGCGUCGCAUACGCUUGCGUCUACUCGUCGGAGAUGGGAGCCUGGGCCGAUCUCAUCUCAACCAUGGUUCCAUUUGAUACCCCGUCUUCUCUUGGCAGUCGAAGCAUGCUGCUUGGGAAUUCACUCUACUGGUUUCUUUUUGGCCCUCAGAUGGGCAUCCUUGAGCUUAAUUUCGACAGACAGAGCCUAGCAGUGAUCGAGGUGCCACCAGAUGCCUGCGUCGCCAACCAUCAGGGACUCUUUUUGAGUACUCUUGGUGGCACGCUUGGUUUCAUCGUCGUGUCGGAAUCCUACAGAGCGCAACUAUGGGACAGGACGACUAAUUUUGACUGUGUUGCUGGGUGGAUGCCCGGACGAACUUUCGAGUUGCGCAAGCUUCUCCCUCUGAAAUCAGGGGAGUGGAUCAAAAGAGUAAUGUUUAUUGCUGGGGAUGAUAAUGUGGCAUUUCUGUCAACGUCUAGGGGCAUCUUCAUGGUCCAUCUCGAGUCAUUGCAGUUUGAGGAGAUAUUUAAAAGCAACCCUGAUUGUUGGCUGUCCACUAUCUAUCCAUAUCCAUUCAAAAGUUUCUUUGCUGCUGCAGGACUUAGUGAUCUUGGUGGUCGGGGACAAGGUGAAGGUGGAGCAGGCGGCACAACGCAUCAAUUAGAAUACUGAUCUUUGCUGUUAAUUUAUAUGGGUUUUAUGGUUUUCGGGUGUAUCCUUGAUUUUAUGUUGUUCUGAUCUCUCAAGCACGAGACUAAAGUUUGCAAUCUCGUUGAGCUGGGCUUUGGUGAUAUCACGGUUUACGGAAACUUUUUUAUGUGUUUUCUCUUAUCUGUAGUAGGCAUGGUUUUGGGUACCGAGCGAAAAAUUCAGAUACCGGGCCGUUACCGAGUUUGUAAGAAGGACCCAUGUACUGUUUUUUCCUUUUAACAUAAUAAAUCGGGUGAUGUAAAAAAGCCCUUCGUCUGAAUAUGCCAUUGAUAAACAUGACUUUUC